CAGUUCGGUAUAAACUGCAAACAACAACACAUCUGUCAAACUACUUCACAACACAGCGAUCAAAACAACGUGCGCGCCUCUUGUAUUGCGGUUGGUGGCAUCGAAUUUUUGUUAAAAUGCCUAAACAAACCAUUCUAAAGGAGCUAGCGAAGUGCAAACAUCCUAAAAGUAGGAAAACACUAGCACUGACGCGUAAGGUUAAAAAAAUAAAUAACCGAGAAAAAAUUAAGCUCGGCCACGCCGCUAAAGCCAAUCUGGUGGGUAAGAAGCUAGCCUGGUUUGCUGAGCAACUGGCAGAGCGACAAACACCUUUAACGAAGUCAGAAUUCGAAGAACUGAUCGACGGGUACCUACAGCGGUUCGACAAAGAGCUGGAACAAAUCAGGAUAGUGCAAUCGAUUGGCAAGCACCGUGCAACGCAGCAUGCAGCACGGGAAGCCGUGAUUAAAACGACGAUCGAUACGGAAAAGCUUAACUUCAACAGCGGCGGCGGUAUUGAGCUUCCCGAUUUGUGUGAUGCCACCAACUUCAAGCUGUUUCAAGAAUGGGACGGCAGCGCGGCAACCAUACAGCAUUUGACGCUGAAAUUUGUUUCCAGAAAAUCGCUACGGUCAUCAUCGGCCAGCAAGGUCAAUGUGGAUAGAAUGGAUGAAUAACACGAUAAUUGGGUACCUAAUGUAGAAAAUUCUUAUUUUUAGUAUAAACAUUAUGAAAAGAUUCACUGAGA